GUAGAGGUGUGGAGGUUGGAGGGUGGGCAAAGACCUCCCCUUCAACUCAGACAAACUGGGUUCAGUUCCAAACUCUGCAUAUCAACUUUUCGCCUGGAACGCAGGGAGGAACGUUUCUUUGUCAAGUCCCAACACGACAUUUGAUCUGAUGAGGAACUAGAUGGACAGGAAGCAGCAGGUCUGAGCAGCAGAGGAGAGCUGAGUGUCCAACAUAAAGAAGACAGAGAGACACCGAGUUCAGACGACAAACAGACUGGAUAUGGAUCACAUGUUGAUGCUGCUGCUGCUGCUCUGCAGCUCAGGACUCCAGGCUGAAGAAAAACACAUUUCAGCAGAGCCUGAUGACGUCAGGUUGGUGGGAGGAGCCAGCCGCUGUGCUGGGAGACUGGAGGUGAGACAAUAUGGAGACUGGAAACCAGUGGAUGACAGGUUCACUGACUGGAACCUGAAGGCAGCAGCUGCAGUGUGCAGAGAGCUAGGCUGUGGCUCUGUUGUUUCAACAGGAAGGAAAGAGGAGUCCUCUAAAAGAUCUGUGUGGAGGAUCAGAUCUUCUUGUCUUCAGUCUGGAUAUACAGUGGAUGAUUGUGUGGAGACGAGUUCUGUCUCUUCUCCUCACAGCCUGGAGAUCACCUGCUCAGAGUCUGUGAGGCUGGUGAAUGGGAAUAGUCUGUGCUCAGGCAGAGUGGAGGUGAAGUCUGACCAGUCGUGGUCCUCAGUGUGUGAAGCUGACUUUGACCAGCAGGAUGCAGAGGUGGUCUGUAGGGAGCUUGGCUGUGGGCCUCCUUCACUCCUCCAGGGAGCGCUCUAUGGAGAAGGGGAGGCUCCAAUGUGGACCAAAGAGUUCCAGUGUGAAGGCAAUGAGUCCUCUCUCCUGGACUGUGGAAGCUCAGGCUCAGCUAGAAACACCUGCUCACCUGGCAAAGCUGUUGGACUCACCUGCUCAGAGCCUGAUGUUGUCAGGGUGGUGGGAGGAGCCAGCCGUUGUGCUGGUAUACUGGAGCUGAAACAACAUGGAGAGUGGAGACGAUUGGAUGACUGGGAUAAGGACUGGAACCUGAAGGCAGCAGCCGCAGUGUGCAGAGAGCUGGGCUGUGGCUCCGCUCUCACAACAGCAAGGAAAAAUGACCCCUCACAUAGCCUUGUAUGGAAGAUCAGGCCUUCCUGUCUUCAGUCUGGAACUACACUGAGGGAGUGUGUAGAAACAUUGUUUUUAUCUUCUCUUUACAAGCUGGAUAUCACCUGCUCAGAGUCUGUGAGGCUGGUGAAUGGAAAUAGUCUGUGCUCAGGCAGAGUGGAGGUGAAGUCUGACCAGUCGUGGUCCUCAGUGUGUGAAGCUGACUUUGACCAGCAGGAUGCAGAGGUGCUCUGUAGGGAGCUUGGCUGUGGGCCUCCUUCAGUCCUCCAGGGGGCGCUCUAUGGAGAAGCAGAGGCUCCAAUGUGGACCAAAGAGUUCCUGUGUGAAGGCAGUGAGUCCUCUCUCCUGGACUGUGGAAGCUCAGGCUCAGCUAGAAACACUUGCUCACCUGGCAAAGCUGUUGGACUCACCUGCUCAGAGCCUGAUGUCAGGUUGGUGGGAGGAGCCAGCCACUGUGCUGGUAAACUGGAGCUGCAAGAUAAUGAAGGCUGGCACCCAGUGUAUGCCUGGUUGAACUUGAGGUUAGCAGCUGUUGUGUGCAGAAAGCUGGACUGUGGCUCUGUUGUCUCAGCAGAAUGGAGAGAUGAUUCCUCAACAAGGGAUGUACUUAACAUCAGAAUUUCUUGCUUUGAGUCUGGAUCUACACUGAAGGAAUGUGUAGAGACGUGGUCUUCUCCUCGCAGGUUGGACAUCACCUGCUCAGAGUCUGUGAGGCUGGUGAAUGGGAAUAGUCUGUGCUCAGGCAGAGUGGAGGUGAAGUCUGACCAGUCGUGGUCCUCAGUGUGUGAAGCUGACUUUGACCAGCAGGAUGCAGAGGUGCUCUGUAGGGAGCUUGGCUGUGGGCCUCCUUCAGUCCUCCAGGGAGCGCUCUAUGGAGAAGUGGAGGCUCCAAUGUGGACCAAAGAGUUCCAGUGUGAAGGCAGUGAGUCCUCUCUCCUGGACUGUGGAAGCUCAGGCUCAGCUAGAAACACCUGCUCACCUGGCAAAGCUGUUGGACUCACCUGCUCAGAGCCUGUUAGGUUGGCCGGAGGAGCCAGCCGCUGUGCUGGUACACUGGAGAUGAAACAACAUGGACAGUGGAAACCAGUGGAUGACCAGGACACUACCUGGAAACUGAGGUCAGCAGCUGCAGCGUGCAGAGAGCUGGACUGUGGCUCUGCUGUUUCAGCACAAAGUGUAAGGGGUCUCUCAGAAAGAUAUGUGUGGCAGAUGAGAUCCUCUUGUCUUCAGUCUGGAUCUACAAUAAGGGAGUGUGUAGUCAUGAGGCCUGUGUCAUCUUCUGUCCGCCUGAAGAACAUCACCUGCUCAGAUCUGCUGGUUCAGCCAAUCAUCUCCCUUUCUUCCUCUCUGGACAAAGUCCAUGAGGAUGAUAGCUGGACUGAGGCCCAGCAGCAGGAGCGUAAGGUGUUUAGAGGCUCCAACUUUACCAUCAGCUGCUCCAUCCAGCCACAGUACCCAGGAGGCUCCUUCCUCCUCGCCUUCACCUCCUCCAACACAAGAUAUGAUGAAACCCUGCCAGCUGUCAAUCACUCUGCACACUUCCUGUUUCCUGCUGCAGACCACGCCCACCAAGGGACCUACAGCUGUGUUUAUCACGUCUUUGUUGUGUCUCAUAACUUCUCUUCUGAGAGCCAGCCUCUCCUCCUCACUGUCUCAGAUCUGCUGGUUCAGCCAAACAUCUCCCUGUCUCCCUCCAUGCACGGGGUCUCCGAGGCCCUGCAGCAAGAGCUUUGGGUGUUCAGGGGCUCCAACUUCACCAUCAGCUGCUCCAUCCAGUCACAGUACCCAGGAGGCUCCUUCAUCCUCACCUUCACCUCCUCCAACACAACACACAACUACACCCUGCCAGCUGUCAAUCACUCUGCACACUUCCUGUUUCCUGCUGCAGACCACGCCCACCAAGGGAACUACAGCUGUGUUUAUCACGUUUUUGUUGUGUCUCAUAACUUCUCUUCUGAGAGUCAGACACUCUCUCUCACUGUCGCCGAUAUCCUGAUGAAUGUAAUGACUGUGAGUCAAACAGUCUCUAAAACAGCAUUCAUCACCAGUCUGGUUGUCGUGCCACUGACUGUGGUGUUUCUCACCAUUGUCUAUUUCUACUUCAAGAUCACCGGGGGGCAGAUGCAAGCUAAAGCAAAAGAAAGCACUGAGCUGGAUCAUAAACGUGGUGGCUCGGGUGCUGAAGGAGAGCCGGGUGAAGAGGUGGCCGCCCUGAGAACAGAGUAAAACCUCCAAGGAGCUCCUCUCUAAUUCAGCUUUCAUACAACCAUCCAUCACCUGUGGUCCAUUUUUGCCUUCACUUGAAAUUUGACAACAGGGUCACUUUUGAUCAGAUGAACACUGAGAAGCUAGAAUAACUAAGUCUUCUUUUAUUAAUUAACAAAUAACAAAAAGAAUGAGACAGAAAUAUAGUCAUUACCUUUUUUCCACAGUGAGCAAAAAAUUAUUCUCAACAAGUAUUCAUGCAACUUUUUUAAUAACAAGGAGAGGUUGGUCAGUUUGAUUGAAUGAAUUAGAUCAAUGCAGGGGAUUUAUGGAUGAAUUUCUCCAAAAUGCUUCAGGGUGACAACUUUUAUAUAAUAUUUAUAUUGCUCAGAGUUUGAGACUAACCAAAGAAUAUUAUGUUUGAUUUUUAGGCAGUGGGAUCACAGCAGGCAGGAAGUGAAAUGCUCUUAUAUUUUGGGUUAUAGCAUAAAAGUGCUGUCCUGAAUGUUAUAUACUGUUGAGAAUUGCUUGGCACUCAUCACUCUUUACCACGUCAUAACAAGGUGGUUCGAAGCUCAGUCAUUAUCUGUUUUAAUUUUUCUUCCUGUCUUCUUAUUUCUUGUGGCAAAUAUCCUCAGACCUGUUUUCAUCUCUGCUGCUGCUCAGGAAUUGCACUGAACUGUGCUGUAUUUGGUAUUUUUCCACUUGUUUGUUUGUUAGUAUCUUCAUCACUGGGUUGUUCCAAAAUAUGGGCAGAGGGUACAGUAUAUCUUUAUUAUAUAUCUGCAUUAUUAUAUGUUGUAUCAGUUCCACAUUUUCAUUUUACUAUGCAUUGUUUUUUUUAUUGUUUUUAAUUGUUUUCUGCUUUUAUUGAUUUUAAACUUGUCAUGUUUUCUCAUUGUUUCAUUUUUCUUAAUUCUUCUAUGCGUCUGCAAAGCAAAUUGAAUUCUUUUGUUUAUAAUGGUGCUACACACAUAAA